UAUGGUUUUUUUGUUAUUAAUUUAUCUCGACUCGACGAAUGCAUUUGACUUUGAAUGAAUUUGUACCCGUUAUAUGAAUCGCUGAAAUAUAAAUCAAUAUUAAAACGAGAGCCAACGAGAGGCAGUCGCUCUUCGACAGGGCUGGCGGUGUGUGUGCCGUUCAAGGGUAACCUCUCGUAAUCGACUGGCUGUGGAUGAUCGUGUGGUUAAAUUUAGAUAGCUUUACGCGGUACGAGGUUAGGAACAGCCAGGCGCGCCGCACACUGCAGCUUGCAGCAGCACCAGGGGCAGAACCACGGACACUUGACUGGCUGCAGCCCUGCUUCACACACGCAACGCCGGAUUCUAAUUUGUCCACCGCUCUGGAGGUAUUUCAGGAGUGCUUACAUGAUGUUCGGUAAACCGCGGUGACGGACGAGGCCCCCGCUCUGCUCUGACCGCCAUGGCCGCCCCUAGCACGGCCCCCGCCGCCCCCAACGGCCAACGCUUCCUCAUCCUGUUCGACUUCGACGAGACCAUGAUCGCGGAGAACAGCGACGACGCGGUGGUCCGCGCCGCCCCCGGCCAGCGGCUCCCCGACUGGCUGGUGGCGGCGUACCGCGAGGGCCACUACAACGAGCACAUGCAGCGCGUGCUCUCCCACCUGGCCCAGCAGGGCGUCGGCGAGGACGCCAUCCGCGCGGCGCUGGAGAAGAUCCCGCCCACGCCGGGCCUGGCCGCCCUCUUCCAGUUCCUGCGCGCCCACCCGCACGACUACGAGGCGGUGGUGGUGUCGGACGCCAACACGUACUUCAUCGAGACGUGGCUGCGGCGCUUCGGCGCGCUGCCGCUCUUCCGCCAGGUGUUCAGCAACCCGGCGGGCUUCGACGCCGCCGGGCGCCUGGUGCUGCGGCCCUUCCACGCGCACGCCUGCGCCCGUUGCCCCGACAACAUGUGCAAGCAGGUGAUCCUGCGCGAGUAUCUCGCGCGGCGCCAGGAGGAGCGCGGCGGCCGGGCCUUCCAGCAGGUGCUGUACGUGGGCGACGGCGCCAACGACGUGUGCCCGUCCCUGGCCCUGGGGCCCGGGGACGUGGUGUUCCCCCGCAGGAACUUCCCCAUGCACCGGCUCAUAGAGGCGGCGGCGGGGGGCGGUGGCGGCGCCGGGGGCGGGACGGCGCCCCUGAAGGCCCAGGUGGUCCCCUGGAGCAGCGGGGAGGACGUGGUGGCCUGCCUGCAGACACUGGGGAAGGAGAGAUGAGGGGGAGGGGGAGGAGGCCGUGUGUGUGAAAAAGAGACAGGUUAAAGGAGCAAUAAGGAGAGCGAAGGAGAGUGUGUGUGUGUGUGUGUGUGUGUGUGUGUGUGUGUGUGCGUGAGUGUGUGUGUGUGUGUGUGUGUGUGUGUGUGUGUGUGUGUAUGUGUGUGUGUGUGUGUGUGUGUGUGUGUGUGUGUGUGUCUGUGUGUGUGUGUGUGUGUGUGUGUGUGUGUGUGUGUGUGUGUGUGUGGGCUAGAGAAAGAGAAAGAGAGGCCACUUGUAAGAGCAAGAUAGAGAGGGGGAGAGGAUGAAGGAGUGUGUGUGUCAGAGAUUAGAGGGCUGGAGCGCGUUAGAGUGGACGAGGCGAGUACCCUCAGUAUAUAUGCAUGAUUACAUCCCAGCUCACCUAGAAACCUAAAAGACAUUUACCAAGACAAAUAUUAUCACAGUAUGAUUGUAUACCCAGCAACCCCCAUAGAGAGGAUUACGUUUUCUACUGCAUGAAAAAAAAUCAACCUGAAUCAAUCCUUUGUAACUACAGCCAGACAAAGGGAAGCAUUUUAGCUUUUGUAAUGCUUACUUUAUGAGCUUAUACAAUUAAAACAGUAGUUUAUUGUAAUACAACCCUUUAAAACCACUCAAUAUAACAUUCUAUAGCUCUUUUUCCCAGGUAUACGUAUCAAACCACCUCAAACAUUUUUGCUACACUAUAAACACAGAUUAAACCACCCAUUUGACUUUUCAGCCUUGUAUUGAAUACUUGUACUCUAAGAAUUCAGCUAGUACUAUUCACUAGUAGAGGGAGAAAUAUUGUGAAGCAGUAUUGAAACAAGCUCGUAAGGAAUAGAGAAAGGUUAGAAACUGUCUAUUUGAUGUAUCCUUUAUUCUGAGGUGGGACAGCUUCUAGCCAUGGUCUCUGAGGGAUUUUGGUUGAUGGAGGGGGGGGGGGGGAUUUCAAUCAAAUGCCAUCAACCUCCCACUCACCCCUACUUGCCCAUCCUUUUGUUUAUAUACAUUUGGUCUUUCAAAGGCCCCCCGUUUAGACUCUCAGACAGCUAACGGCCCUCUAAACACUAAGCAUUAGUCUGUCUUUUAUGCAGUAUUUCUGACCAUUUCCCAUUCAAAUUCUCUCAGUAUUCUGGAGGUUCUUUAUAUUGGUGGCAACAAAGACAGAGAGAGAGAGAGGGGGGGGGGGGGGGCUGUUUGUGGUUCCUUGGCUCCCCACCCCAAGAAAGCAUCACACAGCUACCCGUGGUUAAUUAUUCAUUUGAAUCCAAGACAACAAGCAUGGAUUACAAGCUCAAUGUGCUCACAUACACACUAGGACAAACACAAACACACACACAGAGUACGUGCAAGCCUUUACUCUCAGUGUUGACACGUCAUCUGGGUGCUGAGAACGUGGCAGCGUAAUGAACACCGACAGGGUGCCACCAGCGAACAAAAGGAACACGACCGCUACCCUUGACAAGUGCAUGUCUUUUCUAUUUCCUCUGUCCACACCAGCCUACAACUCGUCAUAAGUAGUUUGUUGGGUUUGUAGACAAGCAAAAAUUAAAAGCUAGCUACUGUGCUGGCACUUUAAGUCGUUGUGGAUGGGGUGAGGGAGGCUAGGUCUCGAGGUAGAACCAGAAAGGUUCUAAGUUUCGAUUCCUUGGUUCCUUGGCGUUUGUGUGAGGGGGAAGGUCGUGUUGUAUUGUGUUCACCCCCUGAGCUUCGACACUGCAAACCCUCAAAACGUAGACAUGUUUGGCUUGAUUAGAUGCUCAGUGUUUGUGUGAUGUGUGUGUGUGUGUGUGAGACGGGUUCAUUUUGCAUUGCCCUCCACAAUCAGCUGCAGAUAGGCUCCAAAGUCUCAGAGUGUAUAUUUUUUUAAAUGUCAUAGUUCCUUUCUUUGAGGUAUAUAUAAGUAAGUGAAACAAACAUCUAGGUUGAAAUAACCUAACCUUGAUACGUGUUUGUAUACAAUAUUUACAGGUAAUAGGUAAAAAAGUGGUUGUGUUCUUAAAAUCAAAUGGCCGGGAUUACUGUAUGCCUGUAAAACAAUAUAGUAGUAUGAAUCUGUUAAAAGGAAAGCUUUUAUUUUACAUUGCAGACAAAUAAAAUAAUGUUAUGUAUUAUGCGUGCAAAAAUUCACAACAGAUCUAUGUACCUGCUUUUUACUCUUCAUUCCUUAACCUUUAAGCAACAAUGAAUUUGCACUCCUUGCUGUUCAUGAGAGAAGGGUUAACGAGUGAAUAUUAAGGUAUUCAUAUUGGGAGUAUUAUACAAAGAUUUACAGCCUUCGGAACGAUGUUAAUCCAUAUUAAGAAUUGUUUUUGCUGUUUGCUUGUGUAAACGGGUUGUUUUGGCAAACCAGUUCACUGCCGGGUUCAUGAUCAAUUGAAACCAGGGCAAACACAAGGUCGAUUUCCAGAGACAGAAGAUACAAUAAAUGUGAUUGAAUAACCCAUUGCAAGUGAUGAGGUGUAAUCUUCUGCAUGGACUUUGACCGUCUUGUAAAAUGGAGGAAGCCUCAUCACCUUAUCCGUAAAUUAUCUGUGAAAGAGGAAGCUAAAGGUACGGAAGCUUUAGUGUUUAUGGUGCUCCACCUAUUAGGACUCAACAAGGGACAUUUGUUAUGACUUGAAUUUACCAGUGUGUGUGCGUGUGUAUGUGUGUACACCUGCAAGUUCUGCAAGAACCAUUGCAAUAAUUCAUGUGACAUUGUGGUGAAAACAACUAAAGAGAAACCCUCAAAACGGUAUACAAGUUACAGUAUAUUUACACUGUACUUUUUAAUGUACAAUGCUGAUGUGUAAUGAGGAAAAUCACCGAUCUGCAGCUCCCUAUUUUUGUCUUCAAGAUCACAUUCUUUAUCAGGGGGAAAACACACACUAGGUAUUCUGUAAUCAAUCACAUGUUUCAUCUAAGAUCAUUAUGGAUCACAUUUGUGUUGGUAUUAAUAAGCUUAAAUUGCCAAAAUAUACCUAUGGCACUUACAUCUACCUUGAUGUGUCUGCUUACUGAUUCUGAGUUUUGUGCAAUAAUUUCAGUGCAGAAUACUUGACAUGCAUGUUGAGACAUUCGGUGUUUGCUAAAUACACUUGUGAACGCAUAUUUGCAACCUGAAUAGCUUUACAAAAUCUUUAUUUAUGUUCCUGAUUUAUUUAAUGGGCCACAAACCGUAGGCAACUAAAUUGUAUAAUCAUGACCCACUAAAAGGCUGUAUUAUGAAAUGAUUUAAAUAAUUUAUUGAAAUAAUACGUUUGUUUAAUGACAGUUGCAGCUAUCAUAUAGUAAUACAGCAACUGUUUUUUGACUUUCCAUUGUCUUUAAAGUAUGGUUAUUUAGCCAAAAUGAACAAAUGUGUGUCUGUUUAAAAUAUAUCAUUGUAAUGUAAAGGAAUUUAAGCCAUUACCUAAUUAAAUCCCUUAAUCCCAUGGUGGCUGCUUUCACUGUUUCUUUAUUUGCUCAGAAUAGUUUUCAUAAUAAAACGUUUGUGUGUAGAGUGUACAGUGUGUAGAGUGAGAUCAUUUUGGCCAAUAUUUUUCUUUCCAAUGAGGAAUUUGCAGAAGAAAAAAAUUUAACAAAUAAAUAAAAAAUACAAAUCUUAAGAAUGUAUAACUUUAACAAGAUAAAUGGUCGGGGUAUGAGAACAACGAACGUGUGACAAGAGAGACUGGAAUUAGGCUAUAGAUUAUUUAAUAAUUAUCUUUUUUUCGAACAAACGCCCAGUGUCUCUCACACAUAUAUUCUGAACCAAAGGGGGGCGCCAAAACUAUAACAAAACAUCUCGUCGGGGGCGCCCCGCGGGGAAUCACCGGGUAGAGCGCGAAGUCCGCGUACCAUUAAAG